UCGGCCCCACAAGAGGAAUGGCCAGUAGCUCACAAAGACAACCCAGAGGGCAGAAAGAUCCACCCCAUGUCCAAAAACCUUUCUUGCAGAUGGCCCAUGCCAGCGAGCCCCUCCUGCCCCCCCAAACGUGGGCUCAACGUGAGUUCCUCAUCCCCAACAAGUCCUGGGAGUGUCCCGGCUUCACCCAGCAGGCCCAACACCGGCUGGCGCUGAGGCCGCCGCCCUGCACGGAAAUCAAGUCUGAGGUGCGUCGCCGACUCAUCUACCCCUGGAAGGACUCCCCACAGCACACGUGGGGCUUUCACACGUGGCUCGAUGUGGGCCGUUUGCCUGCCACCUUUCCCACCAGGCCCGACAGGCCCUACGAUAGCAACGUGUGGCGCUGGCUAACGGACUCCAUGGCCCACGGCUGCCCCCCAGCAGAACCCCCCAUCCCCCCACCCACCUGGAUGGGCCAGAACAGCUUCCUGACCUUCAUCCACUGUACUCCUAUCUUCGUGGAUGAGAACAGGAAGAACCAGGUGAUUGUCAGGACGGUACAGGAAUUGAGAGAGCUGGAGAGACUCAAGCUGAGGAGUGAAGUCAGGGCACCCCCACUGGACACCAAGGGCAACAUCCUGCCCCCAAAGAAGUUCAAGAAGUACCAGCACAUCUCAGCUGGUGGAAGGUUUGAACCCCGACGCCUCCAGCUCCUGCCCAACCCACUUCCCAGUGAUCUUGCCAGGGGCUGGCCCUGCCCGAACCCUCUGCCUCAUUACCAGGAAAAAGCGCUAAAACUGGCCUUGCUGCCCAGUGCGCCCCUGAGCCAGGACCUUGUGAGGAGGUAUCAAACGCUGAUAGAGAACCGGAUUGCCUUGCCCCUCUGUCAUCUCUCCAAGGCACCACCUGAUAAAACCAGGAAAGAAGCAAGGAAGACGAAGAGAAAACCCGGACAGAUCUAAAGAGCCUCCAGCUGGGCGAGGACCGUGUGGGGCAACAGUGUCCUCUACCAGUGUACCUUCAGCAAGAAGCCUUUGGGGUGGUGGAGGACUGGUUCAGAGCCUCACCACCAUCCCUCCAACUGCAAGCCACCUCUGUCCCCCAGGCUCGUGGAAACUCUACUGAAACCCUAAAUUAAUCUCUGUCUUCCUUGGAGGACUCUCUCAUAGCGAAAGGGAGGAUUGAGUCAGGUAGAGCAGGGACAGCGGAGGGAGAUCAAGUUUUUAGGGACAGAAUGAGGAGUGGGGAGGAAGAAUUGUGUGUGUGUGUGUGUGUGUGUGUGUGUGCACGCGUGCGUGCGUGUGCACUUGUUGGGGUGGGAAACGAGGCAUAGUAAGCAACGUGGCUAAGAACUUACCUUGACUCCCAUAACCCAUUUGCAACAUAACUGGGAUUGUUCAGGGGUACAGGAAGCUUCUGAGGCAAAAUAACCUCGAUUCCCCACCUCCCUAGAACAUAGGAUGUCUGAACAAAGACCAGAAGCAACUCUGCCGGAUUGUGGUUCCCACACAGGGUCUGGGAGUGGAGGUCAGGCCAAGGCUGGUGCUAGAGGGUGGAAAAGUCAGGGCUGAGGACGGCUGGCCAGCGCUCUGCGGAGGGAUAGGAGGAGGGCAAAGUAGAGAUUCAAGGUAAAAUGGUGGUCACCUCAGAGCAUGAUGUAAGAGCCUUGGGCCUGCGUGGCAGGUGACCCCAGCUGGCCCAGCUUUGGUGGUGGGAGGUCAGAGAUAAGGAGCCUGAAGUGCAGGAAGGCAAAUCCUGUUGGUCAGAAAAGGGCUGCCCCCCAAGCUGGGGUGAAGAUUUGGUGUGGGUGGCCCAGGAGAAGGGGCAGCAGGGAGGUGGCUGGAAGGGGAGAAUGCGUGUGAUGCAGGCCUCCAUGUGCCCCUGUCCGAGUUGGUGAUCUUCUUCAUUGUGAUCACCCCGAGAUCACCCCAAGUUGGUAAUCUUCUUCACUGUGGCUUCUCCUGGGCUUCUGGCCACUGCCCUCUUGCCCACUUUUCUCCAGCCCCCUAGGUACCUGGGAGCUCAAACCCCACCAGGGGUUCUAGCCCUGGUUUGGCUGCUAACCAGCUAUACAACCUUUGGGAAGGGCAUCGGCUCUCUCUGCCUUUCAGCUUCCUCAUCGGCGUGGUAGGAGCCACUAGGGUAGAAAUGGGUGGAAUAAAGAAAAUAAUGUAAGUGAAGUUCCCCGGGAAGUGUCUGGCUCAGCGUAGGCGCUCCGUAAAUGAAGCCAUCAGCCAGUAGUUAUUCAUAGACUACAGACAGUGGGGGUGGGGGGUGGGAGGGAUAUUAUUCAGUCACAAAGAGGCAGGAAGGACUGACACGUGCUACGAUAUGGAUGAGCCUUGAAAAUAUAGCGUUGAGGGGUGCCUGGGUGGCUCCGUUGGCUAAGCAUCUGCCUUCAGCUCAGGUCAUGAUCCCAGGAUCCUUGGAUCAAGCCCCACAUUGGGCUCCCUGCUCAGCGGGGGGCCUGUGUCUCCCUCUGCCUGUGUCCCUCCCCACCCCUCCCCACCCUGCUCGCACCUGCUCUC